GCGGCCGCUGCCGGCGGCAUCUCUGCUGCGCUGGUCAAGCAGUUGCGGGAGAGCACCGGCGCGGGCAUGAUGGACUGCAAGAAGGCGCUGGGGGAGUGCGGCGGCGACCUGGAGAAGGCAAAGGAGUUCCUGCGCAAGAAGGGGCUGGCGUCUGCCGACAAGAAGGCGGGGCGCGUGGCGGCCGAGGGCGCCGUCUGGUCCUAUAUCCACGCCGGCAGCCGCCUGGGCGUGCUGGUGGAGGUCAACUGCGAGACCGACUUUGUGGCUCGUGGCGAGAAGUUCCAGGAGCUGGUCAACGACAUGGCCAUGCAGAUUGCCGCCUGCGCCGAGGUGACUGUCGUCAGCGCCGCCGAUGUGCCUGCCGAGGUGCUGGAGAAGGAGAAGGCGAUUGAGAUGGAGAAGGAGGACAUCAAGAGCAAGCCGGAGGCCAUCCGGUGGAAGAUUGUGCAGGGGCGCGUGGACAAGAUUGCCAAGACCAUGGCCCUGCUGGAGCAGCCGUACAUCAAGGACAGCAGCAAGACGGUGGCGGAGGUGAUCAAGGAGUCGAUUGCGGGCAUCGGCGAGAACAUCCAGAUCCGCCACUUUGAGCGCUUUGUGCUGGGCGAGGGCAUCGAGGUGGCCAAGGCUGACCUGGCUGCUGACGUGGAGGCGCAGACCAAGGCCAUGCAGAAGGCGGAUGCGGAGCCCAAGGCCGAGGAGGCCAAGGCGGAGGCCAAGCCCGCGGUGGCCAUCAGCCCCGCGCUGGUCAAGCAGCUGCGCGACAAGUCUGGCGCGGGCAUGAUGGACUGCAAGAAGGCGCUGGCCGAGUGCGGCGGCGACGUGGAGGCCGCCAGCGAGUUCCUGCGCAAGAAGGGGCUGGCAUCUGCCGACAAGAAGGCGGGGCGCGUGGCCGCCGAGGGCGCCGUGGGCUCCUACAUCCACGCGGGCAGCCGCCUGGGCGUGCUGGUGGAGGUCAACUGCGAGACCGACUUUGUGGCUCGCGGCGAGAAGUUCCGGGAGCUGGUCAACGACAUGGCCAUGCAGAUUGCCGCGUGUGCGGACGUGCGGUACGUCAGCGCCGCCGACGUGCCUGCCGCUGUGCUGGAGAAGGAGAAGGCGAUUGAGAUGGAGAAGGAGGACUUGAAGAGCAAGCCGGAGGCCAUCCGGGAGAAGAUUGUGCAGGGGCGCGUGGACAAGAUUGCCAAGGAGAUGUCGCUGCUGGACCAGCAGUUCAUCAAGGACACCAACAAGACGGUGGCGGACCACAUCAAGGAGCAGAUUGCGGGCAUCGGCGAGAACAUCCAGGUCCGCCGCUUUGAGCGCUUUGUGCUGGGCGAGGGCAUCGAGAAGAAGGCGGUGGACUUUGCCGCCGAGGUGGCGGCGCAGACUGGCGGCAAGCUCUGAGCACCAAGCGCUGCUGCAAGCGGCGACGAGCCAUGUGCUCAAGCCCGGCACCAGGCUCGGGGCAGCAGGCUCGGACGCAAUGCUGAUCUGUAGGCAGUACCGGGCCGCAGCGUGGGACAGCUGCGGGUUUGCGCCCUCCCUUCCUCCACCCUUCUUUUCACCUCCUUUCUUCUUGCCCCCACCUUUUGACCCCCAGUAUCACACUGUGCUUUUGUGCUCUGCGCAUGCCGGUCUGUCUAACGUUUGGCCCCAGCCCGCAUUCGGGCGGCGCUGAUCUGUGCGCACAUUUCAUUGCUCUCGCCAGGCGCCCCAUGCGGCUUUCUCCUGGCUUUCUCUGUUUCCCUCUUUUGCUACACGCUCAAUCUCCCCUCCAUGCUGUUCGACACACCCUAACUUUAACAGAGUUCUUACAA